ACGCCCAUUCAUGAUUCAUCUUAUCCCUAUUUUCUAUUUCUACUUUAAUUCGUUGAAUUUCUGAGGCCAGCAACGGAAAAGCAUUCAACUUUUAAUGUCAUGCUUGGAGUCGCCAAAAACAGUCUCUAUUUCGCAUAUAAAUACCAGUGUGUGUGAGCUUCCUUUGCUCCACAACAAAAUCCACUCACAAUAACCAUCCAUCUCCAACACUUUACCUAACCAUAAAAAUUUCCCAAUAACUUCUUUUUAAGCCAAGCACCUUCACACCACUUUAUAUUCAACACAAGAUCAUAAAUUAUCACCCUCUUUCUUCUUCUGCUCGCCGCGUUUUGGAAACUGACGGUAUAAUUUUUAAAAGAAGAUGAUUAUCCCAGUGCCUCCAUCUCCUUGCAAGCAAGAACUGCCACUAGUAAACUUCCAAAAUGGGCUAAUCAUGGAGUCUCUGUUUCGCCACCACCGGAACAAGGACAAAGUGGUGGUGAUAAUGGGGGCCACUGGCACUGGCAAGACGAAGCUGGCAAUAGAUUUAGCCAAACACUUCCAACCAGCAGAGAUAGUGAACUCAGACAAAAUACAAGUUUACAAAGGCCUUGACAUCACAACAAACAAAGUAACAGAGGAAGAGUGUGGUGGAAUCCCACACCAUCUUCUCGGUGCUGUGGAUGAUCCUAACUAUAAUUUCACUGCUAAUGAUUUCUGCCACCAUGCGUGUUCCGCCAUCGAUUCCAUCGUGAAGAAAGAUGGAUUACCCAUCAUUGCUGGCGGUUCAAAUUCCUACCUUGAUGCUCUGGUGAACCAUCAUGCAGAGUUCAGGUUGAGAUACGAGUGUUGCUUCCUCUGGGUUGAUGUUUCACUCCCUGUUCUCCAUUCCUCGCUUCAGGCCCGUGCGGAUCGCAUGAUUGAGGCGGGGCAAGUGGAUGAGGUUCGUGAAUUCUUCGAUCCUUCUGCGGAUUACACUAGAGGGAUCAAAAGGGCGAUUGGUGUGCCGGAGUUUGACGAUUUCUUGAGAGCAGAGGCGAAUGGGGAAGAUGACAUGACGAUACUGCGGCUUCUGGAGGGUGCCAUUGCGAGGACCAAGAUUAACAACUGCACCCUCGCCAAUCGCCAGGUUCAGAAGAUUCAUCGCCUCCACAGGGUGUGGAGGAGGAGCAUGCAUCGGUUAGAUGCCAAUGACGUCUUCCUCCGAAGAAGCAGCGGUGACUCUGCUGAUUCGGAGGAAGCGUGGCAGGAUCACGUGCUCGCCAAGAGUCUCAUGAUCCUGCAUAACUUUCUCUACAAGGAAAUUUCUUGUGUUCCGACUAGGUCACCGCAGGUGGCCCUCCCGGCCUUUGCGGCGGUGGCGGUGACACACUAGAGGGGCAGAGAAUCUGCAUAUAGAGGCACUUCACACUUUUUUUUUAAGAUACUCUCUUUUUGGGGUUUUUUAGGUCAUGUCAUUGAGUAAAAGUCUUACAUUUUGGGUUUUUGAAUUUUUUCUCUGGGUCAUCAUUGGGCCAGUUAAGGUUUUACAUGCAGAGAAUGUGAACUAUGUAAUUUUUUUGGGUUCUCUUGGGUUACAUCAGGAAUACUUGAGUGUAUUCCAUAUAAAUUAAUUAAAUAUGUUAAUGGAGCAUAGCAUAUAUGAUCCUGCACUGAGGGCUGAUGUGGGGGGCAUAGAAUGUAACAGUUGAACUUUGGAAAUACUAGUUUAAUUUGAUACUUGUGUGA